AUCUAUCGCGUUCCACUUCCACCAUCUCACUGUCCUUAAAGCCUUAACUGCCUUGUUUCUGUUUGCAGUUCUUGUUCCAAAUCAUGUUCAAGGGCGACAUCAUCGGCAUGACUGUCCUUCUUUUUCCUGUGGCCCUUUUAGGAACGUAUCAUCUCCAUUUCGUCAGGCAGGUGAUCCACCCUGGUGUGGUUUUCAGUCUUACGAGCUAGUUUGCAGUGAUACCAGGGCUACAAUUCGCAUCAACAAUGCAACAUAUCAUGUGUCCCGCAUCAACUAUACUGUUUCUUACUUCUGGGUUGUUGAUGCUGUCUUGGAUUUACCCAACCGGUGCCCUCUUCCUCAGUGGAAUCGGCCUUUUUAUGAACACAAAUAUGGUCCAUAUUACUAUCCCCCUAAAGCUGAAUUACUGCCUCUUGCAUACAGUGUCGCUAGCUUUGUUAGAUGUUCUCAGGAAGUAAGGAACAAUGGUAUGUACAUGCCCGUCACUUGCAUGAGCACCAGCCAUUCGUUUGUCUAUGUGUUAACUGGCAUAUACUCUGGUGCUGUUGGGAGCCUCGAGCCUUCUUGUGGAUAUCUGGCAAUGACUCCUUUGGGUAGUUGGGUACCGAAUGCAAGUUAUGCAGGUACCAUAGAAUCCAUUAAGAAUGGAUUCGCUCUUCGAUAUCGUUUCACUGGAAGGGGCAUCACUAGGUGCCUAAUGAGGUUUAGACGAGGGCUUGGUGAAGUGAAAACUGUUAAGGAUUGGUUUGUGUUCCUUACUACUGCCGACCUCUUUUUCGAGGCAUGCAUGCUCGAUGCUCUUCUAGCUCAAGUACCGCACAACAAUCUUUGGUACUCCCGUAUGAUAGCUGUUGCCUUGUGGCUCGUGAAGUGGAUUGCUGUGCUGUGCAGGUUCGUGUUGGCACCCAUGGCUGUGUUAAUUUUCCUUGGCUACAAGUAUUUGAAAACAAGGGUAACCAUUGAUGCGGUCGAGAAGUUCCUCCGACUGCAACAAAUGCUUGGUCCGACGAGGUACGCCUACACCGACAUCACCGCAAUCACAAGCCAUUUCAGAGAUAAGCUGGGUCAAGGAGGCUAUGGAUCCGUAUUCAAGGGUGUGUUAUUGCCAGGCAAUGUUCAUGUCGCGGUCAAGAUGCUAGAUGGUAACUCCAGCUGCAACGGGGAAGACUUCAUCAGUGAGGUCUCCACCAUCGGUAGGAUCCACCAUGUAAACGUGGUGCAUCUCAUGGGUUUCUGCUCAGAGGAGAUGAGGAGGGCUCUGGUAUAUGAGUACAUGCCUCAAGGUUCUCUCGAUAAGUACAUCUUCUCCGCCGAGAAGAGCUUCUCCUGGGACAAGCUUAACGAUAUAGCUUUGGGCAUUGCCAGGGGUAUUAACUACCUGCAUCUGGGUUGUGACAUGCAGAUUCUCCACUUUGACAUCAAGCCACACAAUAUCUUGCUCGACAACAAUUUCAUCCCAAAAGUAGCUGAUUUCGGUCUCGCCAAACUAUACCCAAGAGACAACAGUUUUGUGCCAUUGAGUGUCCUACGGGGAACAAUUGGGUACAUAGCUCCUGAGAUGAUAUCUCGGAGCUUUGGUGUCAUAUCAAGCAAGUCUGAUGUUUACAGCUUCGGAAUGCUGCUGCUGGAGAUGGCUGGAGGAAGAAGGAACGCCGAUCCAAACGCAGCAAACUCAAGUCAGUCUUACUACCCAUCAUGGGUAUAUGACCGGUUAACUCAGCAAGAGGCGGGUGAGAUAUCUGUUUCUGUUGCUGACAUGCAUGAGCUGGAGAGGAAGCUGUGCAUUGUUGGACUAUGGUGUAUCCAGAUGAGGCCUCAAGAUCGUCCGACAAUGAGCGAGGUUGUAGAGAUGCUGGAAGGGGGUGCCGAUACCUUGCAGAUGCCUUCCAGACCAUUCUUCUGGGACGAAGGGCAUGCCGAUACUGAUGAUACUUACCAUUUGUCGUCCGAGUUGAAUGAAAUCUCCGAGGAGGAUACGAGUGAAAAUAUUGAUGAGUAAUGUAAUAAUGUAUGAUGAAGUUGAAGCACUUCGCUUGCAAAAGGCUGAAGUUAUGGUUGUAUUAAAUAAUUGUUUCCGACUCAUGUGAACUUUGAUGCUGAAGCAUGUCAUAGGUACAAUAGGUAGCAGCUCGAGGAUGGAGGGGUAGUACUUCCAACUGCAGCAUCCAUGAUAGUAAGGUUCUAAAAUGAAAUUAUUGUUGUUUAUGGAAGACAUGUAUCUAUUAUUACGAAUCUGAAGAUAUUAUUAGGCACAGUAAUAUAUAUCUUGUGGAA